GACAAAAAAUGGAACACACCAGCAGUGUGAGGAGACCUGAAAGUGGCACAUGGCAUGGCAGAGUGUGGCGAUGGAGACAGCAGCAAUGGGAGGCCGUACAGGGACCCAUGAGAGACUCUGGACCUGGCAGCAGCAUGAGGAGGCGGUAUAGGGGCCCAUGGCAGAUUAGGGGCCUGGCAGCAGCUAUGGGAGGCCCGUAAUCUGCCAGCACUCUAUGACAAAAAAUGGAACACACCAGCAGUGUGAGGAGACCUGAAAGUGGCACAUGGCAGAGUGUGGUGAUGGAGACAGCAGCAAUGGGAGGCCGUAUAGGGACCCAUGAGAGACUCUGGACCUGGCAGCAGCAUGA